AUGGAUAAAAAUUGCAAAAAAUGUGGCAUUCAAAGUGACAGAUUUGUUCUUUGCUCUUCUUGCAUAAUAUCUCACUUUCAAGAUGAAUUAACUUGGACAAGCAAAAAUCAAGAGCUAGAUACAUUCAUUAAAUAUACUCAUAUAAUGGCAUCCAAUCCAAACAAGGCAGCUUGUUGGGCUAAAUGGGAAGAGUUUACUAAUAUUGAGAAGGCGUCCAAAGAGACAUUAGAUGAACUCGUUGUUUUAAAAACAGUUGGAAAUCAAAGUAAUUUAUCAAAUAUUAUGAAUGAAGCAGCAGCUCUAUUUCACUGUUAUAACCAGAAAACAAGUUGUUUUACUGUUAAGGGGUUUACACAAGAUCCGAUUAAUAUGCAAUACUAUAUUAUAACCACAUAUGCAGAAUGUGGGGAUUUGCGUCGAUACAUGCGCGAAAAUCCAACUCUAUCGUUGAGGGACAAAAUUUUCAUAAUAUGGGACAUUAGCGUAGAUUUAGAGAGAAUCCAUGAAGAUGGACUCGUUCAUCGUGACAUUCACGCCGGAAACAUCUUGUAUACCCGAAACGUUGGGCAUUUUAGGCGAGAAGUUCCAAUACAUUUAAUGAAAAGUUGCUGGCAUGAAAACCCACUGCAGAGGCCUACAGCAAAAGAAAUCAAAGACAAAGUAAGUGAUUGGUGUUUGUACGCGGAUGAAGAAAAAAUACAACAAAUGACCGAGGCUGAAGAAAGACAAAUUAUUUCCCAUACUCCAUUUGAUGGUAGAGAAAAUAGCUCAGAAGCUAUUUAUACAAGCAGAUUAUUGCCAUUAGUCGUAUCAUCUAUACACACUGAAGCUGAAGCGAGACAAAUAACUUCUCAUGAAGAAGAAGAAGAGAACCCAGAAGCUAUUUAUGCAAACGGAUCAGUGCCAUUGGUUUUAACAGUUGAAGAGCCACCUAUACACAAAAUUGAAGAAGACUAA